ACAGUGUUGUACCAUUGUGCAAGGGAUCACGUCGGUGAGGAGGAGUCACUUCAGUGCCAUUGGCCGCGUUGCGACUCGACCGUACGCACCAAAUGGUCAAUGAUCACGCAUCUGCAAGACCACCAUUGCAGUGAUAUGGCGCUGCAAGCGGCCGCCAAGCGGAGGCGUGAAGGUCUUGGUAUACCACUCGGUCCCGUGAAUCCAGAGAGACCACGCGACGCGCAGCAGCAUCCAGGCUACUCGAAGAACGCCGCGGUAGAGGCGAUUAGACGGCACGCCUUCAAUUAUCUACCUAGGGAUAUUACGGAUGAUCCCGAGGGUCCCGUAACGAAAAGUAUUCGCCUGACGAGUUGUUUAAUAUUGAGGAAUUUGGCCAGAUACUCGCCGGAUGGUCGACGGUAUGAUUUGUCUAUUUUUAUUUAUUAUUGCCUUCAAUGUUUAUUUAUUUAUUUAUUAUUAUUAUUAUUAUUAUUAUUAUUAUUAUUAUCAUCGAAAAAAUUCAGAUUAGUGCGAAGGCACGAACGUCUUCUGAGUUGGCUGUCGCUGUCGCGGUUGGAGAGUAGCUCCGCCCUCGCGCAGCUUUUGGCCGAAUUGUACCAACCCCAGACGCAACCUUCAUACUCUUGUUGA